UUGUGUUUGAAUUUCUCAGCGUUUAAAUUAGUUCCUCGUGCUUAGAUAUAAAAAGAUAAAUUGUGUUUUAUUUGCUUCUGUGUGAGCACUGGCGUUAUUUUAACCCCAAACAACGUUUUUCCUCCCAUUUUCCUCUUGCUUACAAACACAGUCGAUGCGCGCGCAGCUAAAGAUCAAACCAGCUGACUUAUGCGAUCAAAUUAUUAAAUUUAGCGUUUAUCUAAAUCUUUGAAAUGUAAAUGAUAUCAAAAUAUACUUCACAGCGCAGAAUUUUACUGCAGGCUCGCAUAGCUGAACGUAUUUAUGAAUGAGCUCGUCAAUUUUUCACGAUCGAUCGUGUCUCGAGCAACGGCCGCUGUAGUAAACACAACGUGAGGGAUCACGUGUGUGUGUUUGGCAGCAGAGCUUCAUGGGUAACUCUGAGAGCGCUGCGGCGCAGAAGCGAAUUGCACGGUUCCGUCCAGAGGAACGGUCCGUGGUCGAGGAGGUUUUCGACAAACUCCAGAAUGGUUCUCCGGCUUCGGAAACACCUGGAAAGGCUCUGACGCUCGAUAUGAUUCAGGCCUCAGUUGGCAGUUUGGCGUCAGAGUCCAUGGUGAAGAGGCUCUAUCGGUGCAUGUGCAGCAUCGACCUGGGACAGGCGGGACCUUCAGACUCACAGAAGACCAGCCAGCCUGCCUCUGGUGUUAGUCGGGAGCAGCUGGUUGUCUUUCUAGCAGACACUCUGCGAGGCACUUCAGAGGAACGGGCCCCUCUCGUCCUGACUAUGUCCCACAAUGCAGCAGGGGUACCAGAAGUUGUCACGUGUGAACAAGUAUCGGAAUUUCUGCAGGACAUGAUUUCUGCUGUAGUGCAGAUUUUGACCCACAGGGGGCAUCUUCGAGGCUGGCAUCCAGAUAAAAUGGGUGAUACCGCCCAGGGUGUGAAACUACUAGCAGAACAGAUGUGUUCUGAGCUCAAACCCUCCGAUCGGGGAACUUGUGAUGUCUCUUGUCUGGAGGACUGGGUCUUCAGAGUCCCCCAGGUGUCUGUGUAUCUGGAGAUGCUGGUAGCCGAGGGUCUAAAUGUGUCUCUGAAUUCCCGGGUGACACCAACGCUCCUGCCGCUUUGCGCGGAGACACACUGGAAAAACUUGGAAUGUCUGCUGGACCUUCCCACCCUAAUGUUUCUGGCUCCACAGAUACCAGAUGGCUUCAGCACCCCUUGGAAGCUCGUGUUUUCCACACACCUGCACGGCGAGAGUUUCACCAAGAUGGUGUCUGGCCUGAUGCAUCAUGGACCUACCUUACUGCUCAUCAAAGACACUAAGGGUCAUGUUUUUGGAGGCUAUGCGUCACACACCUGGGAGAUUAAACCUCAGUUUCAGGGUGACUCCAGAUGCUUCCUGUUCUCUGUGUUCCCCACGCUGAGGGUUUAUACAGCUACAGGAUACAAUGAACACUUCAUGUAUCUCAACCAGCACCAACAGACGAUGCCCAACGGACUGGGGAUGGGCGGUCAGCACGACUACUUCGGCUUGUGGCUGGACAGCGACUUCGGUCGAGGUCACAGCCGCGCGCAUCCCAAGUGCACCACCUUCGGCAGCCCUCAGCUCUCCGGAGACGAGGACUUCACUCUGGAUUCAGUGGAAGUGUGGGCUGUUGGAAAGCCCCCACAACCCCCAGAGGACGAGGAAGAGGAGGGGAAGAAGAGCAUCUUGGUUGUGGACCCAGAAGUUCAGGCCAUGAUGGAGCUGACAGGAAAAACUCUGCACAGCGAGGGAUUCAGAGAGCUGGAGGAGGACCUGGAUUAGUGGUCCGGUCCGCCUGGUACCGACCCACCCAGACGUGGACAGGCGUCUCGUUUGCGUGGGAAUUCUUUUAAACUCACAAAAUGUUUCUUUUUAAAAUGUAUUAGCUUAGCAUCAUUUAACCAGGCUUACAAUUCAAAAGCUGUGAGCUUUGGGGACACCAGUGAGGAGUGGGUUUACACGUUUGCUCCGGUUCUAGUAAACACAAUAAAAGAUCUGCUUCAUAGUUAAAUAGUUCAUCACUUGCUUAAAAUCCCCAAAAUCUAAAAAAAAGAAAGAACUGAUGUGAAAUUCUUGGUAAAUGUGACUGAAAAGUAGUGUUUUGUGUGUUUUAGCCGGUGGAGACGCUCAGAUUCGGGGUUUUCCUGCUUUAGAGAUGAGAAAUAUUUCAUCCCUCCGUAAAUGUUUGGCUGUUUAUAAGUUGGUGCCCAGUUUAGUGUUAAUGUUUUAUAACUUGUAAGAUUUUACUGAAUGAUUUUCUUCUGACUGCAUUAAGUUUGUGUGUUCUGUUUAAUCCGAGCGAGCUGCUAAAGGGUCGGCUUUGUCCUUCUGUAAUACUUCCCUAGUACAGAAAAACUAGAGUACAAAUACUUCACCAGUUGCACUUAUUGCAAGAGGAACAUUUGGUUGUUGCUGCUCGUGCUGCUGCAAUCUGUGCAAAAUUGUAACGGUUUGAACUUUUUCACACAUUUUAUAGUCAAAUCUAAGUCAGUGAUGAUGUCAUCCAUGCAUGUAGUUACUGCCUCCGUAGAACCAGAACCCUUAACCACCAGAGCCACUAGUUUUCUCAGAUGCUGCACAAACCUGGACAUUAAAAGAGCUCCAAAACCGUCAGCUUACGUAUAAUCAUGUAACAUUACCCCUAUCGUGCUUUAAGGUCUUUUAUUUUGUUAAAAUUUCAGUAAGAUUGAGCAUAAGUGGCAUUCAAGGUCAAGGUUUGAGGAAUUAAAAACCAUACAUUAAAGUUAGAGUUUUUGUUCUUGAUCACGUUCGUGGAAUAUUUGUUGAGACAAAUGUGUUAUUAAAUCACACUAACCAUAAAGUGCAUGCUGAUUACAUUUUAGCUGAAGCUUUGUCAGCAGUAUGAAUAUUUCUACCUCGAGUCGUUUUGACAGUUUGUGUAAGACUUGAGCUUUCACGGUGCACAUAGUGAAUAUAAAGUGUGUGAACAUGCUGUAUGUGUACUUCAUGGCAUUAAAGUUAAAGAUGAUCUGUAA